AUGGGAGAAGCUACAGAAAGGUAUGCAAUUGUGACAGGUGCAAAUAAAGGAAUUGGUUUACAGAUAGUGAAACAGUUAGCAUCAGCAGGAAUCAAGGUGGUGGUCACAGCAAGAAAUGAGGAGAAGGGUCUUCAAGCAUUGGAAACACUCAAAGCCUCAGGUUUAUCUCACCUUGUACUGUUUCAUCAGCUAGAUGUGGCUGAUGCUGCAAGUGUAUCUUCUCUGACAGAUUUUAUCAGAUCCAAAUUUUGGAAACUUAUCAUGCAACUUUUGGAAAUAUCAGAAGAUGAAGUAAGAAAGGGAAUUACUGAAACAUACGACUUAGCUGAAGAAUGCUUGCAAAUAAAUUAUUAUGGAGUCAAGAUGACUGUGGAAUCCCUCGUGCCCCUCCUAAAGUUAUCUGAUUCACCAAGAGUUGUCAAUGUGUCAUCCUUUAUGGGGCAGUUAGAGAGUUUCCCAAAAGGAUCAUGGGUGAGAGGAGUGUUGAGUGAUGUUGAUCACCAUGGCUACACAAGAAUUCUUGCUAAGAAAUACCCUUCAUUUUGCAUCAAUUGUGUUUGCCCUGGUUAUGUGAAGACAGAGAUAAAUGCCUUCACUGGCUCCUUAACUCCUGCAGAAGGUGCUGUGGUCCUGUGA